AUGGACCCUGACUGCUGCCUCCAGGCCAGCUGUCUCAGCACGGCCCUGUGUGUGGGCUCCCCAGACCCCCUGGACAUCAUCAAGGAGACGCAGGUGACUUCGGGCCAGGGCAACCUGGGAACUUUCUACGACCGCGUUCGAUUCCUGGUGGGCAGGGAGAGCACACACGUGGUGCACGGCGCCAACCCCUUCGACGGGAAGCACGCCUGCGUCAUCCGAGGACAGGUGGUGACCUCGGACGGGACGCCGCUGGUGGGCGUCAACAUCAGCUUCAUCAACAAGCCGGCGUUGGGCUACACCGUCAGCAGGCAGGACGGAAGUUUCGACCUCCUGACCAAUGGGGGCAUCGCGGUGGCCUUGCACUUUGAGCGGGCUCCCUUCAUCACCCAGGAGCACACUCUCUGGUUGCCGUGGGGACGCUUCUUCGUCAUGGAUACCAUCGUCAUGCGCCACGAGGAGAACGACAUCCCCAGCUGCGACCUCAGCGGCUUCGCCCGGCCCAGCCCUGUGGUCACGCCAGCGCCGCUCACCGCCUUCGCCGGAUCCUGCGCCGAGAGGGGCACGGUGGUUCCUGAGAUCCAGACCCUGCAGGAGGAAGUGAGGAUCCCAGGCACAGACAUGAGACUAGUGUACCUGAGCAGCAGGACGUCAGGCUACAAGUCCAUGCUGAAGGUGGCGCUCACACACUCCACCAUCCCCUUCAACCUGAUGAAGGUGCACCUGAUGGUGGCCAUGGAGGGUCGCCUCUUCAGGAAGUUCUUCCCCGCCGCCCCCAACCUCUCCUACGACUUUGUGUGGGACAAGACUGACGUGUACGGCCAGAAGGUCUACGGCUUGUCCCAGGCCUUUGUAUCAGUGGGUCUGGAGUACGAGUCGUGUGCAGACGUGGUGGUGUGGGAGAAAAGGACGGCGAUGCUUCAAGGCUACGAGAGCACAGCCUCCAAACUGGGAGGAUGGACCUUAGAGCACCAUCACGCUCUCAACCUGCAGAGUG